AGUCUAUUCCGCGGCAGUCCCAACGCUAGCUGCAUUGUGGAGGACUACAUCUCCCAUAAUGCCCCGGGCUAGCAGGGGGAAGACGCCUUCCACCCGGCAAAGAUGUCGGCUCCCUUGGUGUUGGUGUUGGUUCUUGCUGCAACCGUCCGGGCGGUUCUGUUCCGGUCCAGCUUGGCCGGGCUCAUAGCCGAGAGGGUCGAGGUUGUAUCCCCCUUAAACGCGUGGAAAAGAGUUGUCGAGGGUCUGGCUCUGCUGGAUCUAGGAGUCUCGCCAUACUCCGGAGAUGUGUUCCAUGAAACCCCAUUGAUUAUUUAUCUCUUUCACUUCGUUGUUGAACAUUCUGAGUUCGUAUUCAUGAUAGCAGAUGCAAUAACUGCUGUGGCGUUGUAUUUGCUAGUCCAGGACUAUAACAAAAUGGUGUUCAGAAAACAGAAGUAUGCUUUGGAAGCCGAUCGCUACCCCCACGAUGUCAUCGAUCUCAUCAGAACACCCAAGGAAAUGUUUUACAUUCCUCUGAAAGUAGCGCUGUUCUAUUUACUGAACCCCUUCACUGUUCUGUCGUGUGUGGCGAAGUCAACUUGCGGUCUUAACAAUGCCAUCAUUGCACUCUUCAUGCUAUCUACAAUAAAAGGCAGUGCCUUCCUCAGCGCGAUAUUCCUGUCCUUGGCUACGUACCAGUCGCUCUACCCUCUUACUCUCUUUGCACCAGCGUUGCUGUUCCUACUGCAGAGGCUGUACAUCCCAGUGAACGUGCGCAGCCCCAGUUUCUGGCUCUUCACCCUCCAGUUCGGGGUGAUGUACCUGGGCAGCCUGCUGGUCAUUACCUGCCUCUCCUUCUUCCUGCUCGGCUCCUGGGAUUACAUCCCUUCUGUGUACGGCUUCAUCCUGUCGGUUCCAGACCUGACCCCCAACAUCGGCCUCUUCUGGUACUUCUUCGCAGAGAUGUUUGAGCACUUCAGGCUCUUCUUCCUCUGUGUGUUCCAGAUCAACGUCUUCUUUUACACCAUCCCGCUGGCUGUAAGGUUAAAGGAGCAUCCCAUCUUCCUGAUGUUCAUGCAGAUUGCUGUCAUUUCCAUCUUCAAAUCCUACCCCACUGUGGGGGACAUCUCUCUCUACAUGGCCUUCCUCCCCGUGUGGAGCCACCUGUACAGAUUCCUGCGGAAUAUCUUCGUGGUGUCCUGUGUGCUGAUCGCCUGCUCGGUGCUCUUUCCGGUCCUCUGGCACCUCUGGAUCUACGCUGGCAGCGCCAACUCCAACUUCUACUACUCCAUCACCCUGGUCUUCAAUGUGGGGCAGAUCCUGCUGGUGUCAGAUUACUUCUACGCCUACCUGCGGCGGGAACACCACCUGACACACGGACUGUACUUGAGGAAGAAGGACGGCACAGAGGCCACCCUGAUUCUGAAAUAACCCGCGGCGCACACCAGAGACGCACGCUCUUCAGCUCCAUUUCUAUUUGUUUGUCUUUUUUUUUUAUUUUUUAAUUCAGAAUUGAGGUUUAAAGAUUUUGAUUUUUGUGCAUGGAAAUGAAAUAUCAGUGCAGUCAAAACAAGUGAAUUGCUGAAUGAUGCUGAAGAGCUGUUCUGUUCAUUUCCAGUUGGACAGUAUUAAAAACAACACAGUGCUGGCUGCAGGACCUCCUGAGGGGGGGGGGGGGAUUUUGUUUCUUAACUCCUUUUGUUCUUGCUUCUGCUUUCUUGAGUUGAAACCUUGCGCUCCCCCAGACAGGAUAACGCAGCUCUCUAUCAUAAGAACAGACUCCUCUGAUCAUUCAAGCUUCGGCACUGCAUAUAGAGCUGCUGUAAUUCAAGCUUCAACCAGCAGGUGUCGCCAAAUAUGAAUGUGUAGGUGGAUGCAGUGGGUAAGGAAUACUGAAAGCUUUCACUGAGAAGCACAGAUCUACAGUUCAAGGAGAAUUUGUUCUAUUGAUUUAUUUUCCUGAGCUGUAAAAGAUCUGAAAAUAUAAAUCUGGUUAGGGUUAAUAAAAUCAUUUUAUUAUUAUUAUUACUAUUAUUUUUCCAAUUGCAUGGUGAAGAAUAAUGUAAAGUUUAAAUGCUUCUGGUUUUAGAGAUUAAGGAUGUUUGCACUACAGUUCUAGAAUGUUCGCGGCUUAGAACUAAACCAAAGUUCUGGUUUACGCUGAAAGCAUUUUGCUGCAAUACCAGUUGCAGUGUAAGUCUUCUGUAAAUCAAAAUAAGUGCAGACAUCUGGGCUGGAUCGCACAGUCGGCUGGCAUUUGUAACUAUUUGCAAGACCAGAAGAUGUUCUCACCCCUGGCUGAGCCAGACAGGCAGCAGCAGCAGCAGCAGCUCUGUACAGCUCUAACAUAUUGGUUCAGUGCCCUGAGAACACAGACUUAGAACCCCGUGUCUGUACAUCGCUGUCCAGGUUCUCAGUCAUCGCUGUUCAUGGUUUUCUGAAGCGUGUAGGAUGGCUCGAGGCGUUGCAGGCUCCACGAGCCCUGGAACAAACCUGUUCAUCAAUCCUGCAGAUUGGAUUGGAUUAUUUCAAUGAUCGCUCAGUUGUUGUUCAUAUGUACUGACUCUUUCUGUCCCUAUUUUUUUUGUUUUUGUUCUCCAUUUUUGGUACAAAGGUCUACUGGUUUUUAAAUAUUUAUAUAUUCAAGACUUUGAAAUAUGAAAAAAAAAUUAAACUAAAUGCAAAAAAAAAAAAAAAAAA